GUGGCGGAUAGGACACUCCACUCAUAUUUUCUGUGUGCGCACCAAUUAUUGUAGUGACUGAGUAGGCCAAAAUAGUCCAAUGAAUUUAAAUAAAGUUGUGGUGAUAUGGAUUUUGUUCCAAAGGAUAUCUGCACAACUACGGCUCUGCACAACUUUCACAGCAACACAAUCAAGUAGCAAAAUAUCGCCCGAAGUAACCAGUAUUUCAAGGUCCUUACAGAAAGAUAUAAGCCAAGAAAACGAACCACAAAAUCAGCAGCUCACCUCGUAGGACUAGAUCUACCACAGGGACCAGCUCCUCCUAACUCCGCAUGAAGCUGAGCUGAACUUUUACGCCUUGUAUUCAUUGAAGUCUUGCCUUCUCUUCUCGUUGGCAGCGAAACUAGCCGUUCUGAUUUCCGGUUUCCCCAUAAGCAGUGCUGCUACAAUUCCACUCGUUUACUUUGCUGACGGUUUCAGUUCCCUUAUCCAAUUGGAACUUCCUAUUAACGAGCCACACUCUUUAAUGCCACACAUUUCUUGCCAUCAGUAAGAAAUCUUUGUUUCAGGUUCAGAGCAUAAACAUAUUCAUUUGCUUAUUCUCUUGUAUAUGAGACUAUGCAGCACUACCUAAUUACGGUUGCACAGAAUCGUCAUACCUUGAAAUCUUUA